AUGGUUGUUGCUGGAGCUGGGCUUGGUGGGAAAGGGGUGGCUAUAUGGUCAUGCUUGCUGAGAGAUUGGAGGAAGGAAAGGAUGGUGAAGAAGUGGGGGAAGAAUUUGGGAUGGGGUCCUAGAGAGGAAGAAGUGAACAAGAGAAGUUGCAUGCAGCCUUUCUCAUCAUCAUCACCUAUGGAUCCCUCGGUGAGAGGUCGAAGUGAUCGCUGUUUCUUUGAGGGUGAGAUGAAGGGUGACGUGGAACUGCCGGUGGGAGAUUUGCAUGCUGGCCUUGUUGAUUAUGGUGCCAUGGAUUUCACAGAUGGUUUAACAGUGAAAGAAAGAGAGAUGUGGUUUCACAGUGACCAAGAAGAAUUUCUUGCGAUGAAUGAUGAAGCUUCAAUGUUCUAUUAUGAAUUCCCUCCUCUCCCUGACUUUCCUUGCACGGUGCCACCUUCACCAUCAUCAUUGUCAUUUCCUUUCGCAACAACAGCACCUGCAAAGACAACAACAUGCUCCCCCUCUUCAAAUUUAGGGGCUGUUUUAGAAUCAGAUCAUGAGCAAGAUGCAGAGGAAUUAAUCAAGCAGCUGCAUGAUCCAAUGUAUGCUUCUAUGGAAAUUUCAAAGCCCACAGAUCCAAGCCCUUUUGUUGAUUCCAUCGAAACUUUUGGGUACAAUGAUAACCUUUUCGGAGCCCAUGGUUUCUUUGACCCUGCAUCUAUUUUCCAGGAUGAUGAAAUUGAAAACCCAUUAGAGGAAUACAGACAGGAUGAACAACAGCUACAACAACAACAACAACAACAGCAACAGAAACUACAACAGCAACAUCAACAGCAACUACAACAAAAUGCAGUGGUAGCAGAACAUCAACCACAGGAAGGGGCAAAGGAUAAGAUUAAGAUACAAGAAGAGGGUUGUUUGGAUAAUGAGUUGACCAAUGUGUUCUUGGAGUGGCUUAAGGCCAACAAGGACAUAAUCUCUCCUAAUGAUUUGAGGAGUGUGACGUUAAAGAAAGCAACCAUAGAGGCUGCUGCUAAGAGUUUGGGAAGAGGGAAAGAAGGGUUGAAGCAAUUGCUUAAGCUUGUUCUUGAAUGGGUUCAAGAGAGUCAUCUUCAAAAUAAAAAGCGAAAGAAAAAUAACACACCUUUAAAUGUUCUCUCCCAAUAUCAGGUUCCUACCCAAAACCACAACACAAUCCCUGCCUCUAAUUAUCUGGAUCCAAGCUCAUUUAGACCCGCACUCAACCCUUAUUUCUGUUACCCAUUAUGGAUUCCUCAACCAAUUUUUGGAGUAGGUCCAAGUGUGUUUUCCCCACCCAUUGUUGGGUAUGUGGGUGACCCUUACACAAAAGGUUCUUCAAAUAACAUCAAUGGCACCCAUAACAAUGUUGAUUAUAACAUGCCAAAAUCUGCAUAUUCAUGGCCUCAUUCUCAUUUCACUGCUGCUUCUCACCAAACCCAUGGCCCCAGUGGUGAUAAAUUGAAGAGAUCAAGAUCCUUAGCUACCAAAGAAGCGAGGAAGAAGAGGAUGGAGAAGUAUGUGUCUCAUCAUAGGCAUCACAAUCAACACUGCGCACGCGAAAAACAGAACCAACACCAACUGAGUCUAACUGAUGCUGAGCCAAUAGUAAUGGGAAGUAGCAAUUGCACUGUUAUUGUAACAGGACAUACAAGUCUAUCCAAAGGAGCUUUAGUGGUGCCAACGAUGGCUGCUGAACAGGUGAACGAAGGACAGUUGGUGAUGGACAGGAAUGUCGUUCAAACCCAUAAUUAUUAUCAGGGUUAUACCUUAUCAGAUUUGCAAAAGGUAAUGAAGAAACAAGAAAUCAAGAAGGCUGGAAAAUCACAGAAAAACCAACAUGGAAAUGAUGGAGCCUCUACAACUUGA